AUUGUAUUCUCAAAACUCGGCCAAUCCAAAUUAACAGAUUUGGAUAUCGUCAAACGUAUAGAUCGAUUACUCUUUAGGAGAAAUGCAAUCGAUUCGUAGCACUACAAGGUUGUUGCUUCAGAGGCACCGUGUCUCCAUAUCCAACACGCUUCGUUUCACUGCUUCUUCUUCUUCAUCUUCUUCUUGUGGAAGCUGGUCUGAGAAUGAAUCGAGGAGGCUUGGGUUUGAUUCUUUCAGUUCUACCAGAGCUUUUGAUUCAGCGGCAACAUAUCGUAUUAGCUCGUUGAAGAAUGCUGCUUUUUCCUCUUCGGUCGUACCUAAACAAAACUUGAUGUAUUCAUCGAGGUGGUUUUCCACCGUUGGAGAUUCUGUUCAGACUACUUCUCAAAAACAAAACUUGAUGUAUUCAUCGAGGUGCUUUUCCACCGUUGGAGAUUCUGUAAAGACUACUUCUCAAGUAUCCCCUGAGGAGUUAGCUUCUGAUGUUCCUCAGAGAAUCAAGUUUAAGCGCCUUGAUAAAACCGCCAAGCAUAUAAUGCAGAUUAUCGACAAGGAGGCAGUUGAGGAAGUGAGAACUCAGAGGGAGAUACCAAGGAUUGAGCCUGGUUACCUUGUGCAGCUAAAAGUGGAAGUGCCUGAGAACAAGAGGCGUGUAUCAGUUGUAAAAGGCAUCGUCAUAGCAAAGCGUAAUGCUGGUCUUAACUCAACAUUUAGGAUAAGAAGACUAGUGGCUGGAGUGGGUGUUGAAUCUAUGUUCCCCUUGUAUUCCCCAAAUCUGAGGGAGAUAAAGGUGUUGGAGAAGAAGAAAGUAAGAAGAGCCAAGCUUUAUUACCUGAGGGAGAAGACGAAUGCUCUCAAAAAGCAUUAGCACACACCUUCACAACAAAAGCAGUAUUAAUCCCCCCUAAGAAGGAGACAAUUUGAGGUUUUUUAGUUACACUCCCCUAAGAAGGAAUGGUCUGAACAAAUAAAAAUGUCUUUGAGGGUUUAGUUACACUCCCGUAAGAAGGAGACAAUUUGGAUAUUGUAUUUGUGUAAUGGUGGAUCCUCUUCAUAAGUUGUUUGUUGGCUUCUUUUAUGA